UCCAUCCCCUGCAAGCCUCGUCCCGAGCUGAAAAAGAACUCAAGCGGCGAAGCUGAGCGGAGACCUCUGGCUGUGCCGCCUUGGUCCCGUUCCUCCGGUCUCCGUCUCCAGCCGCAACCCCUCGAUGGAUCUCGUCGCUCCGCCACCUCAGGGUCAGGGAUGUGGUGCCUCGACCUGGUUGAGCGCGACGGCGCCUCUGCUCCUCCCACGCCGGCGUGUUUCCCCUUGCUAAUCAGACUGGCCGUAAGCCUGGAUUGUAUCGGCGGAAGGCAGCGCGUGAAUUUGGAGGAGGUGCCUAGCGGGGCUAGCGCUGGUCUCACUCCCCGCGGUGGCGAGGAGGAGAUGCCGCGGCGGCGAGGUGGAGGAGAUGCGACGGCUGCUAGGCGCAGCAUCGGCGAGGCGGCCAGGCCCGCGGCUCAAGGAGACUAUAGGAGGACCUCGUCUGCUGGUGGAAGCUCAAGGAGAGAUCAGAUUUCAGAUUUUGGCGCGCAGCUGUGUAUUUCUUGGAUGUGUUCCCGUGCGAUGAGUUAUCUCCUCUUUUGUGUGUUUUUUUAAUGUUGUGCAUGCUGGAGGGAAGGUAAUCUGUCCUCUGUAGACAGCGGAAGAGAUAUGCAUCAGCCCUGUAUUUCCGGUUUUUUUUCAGAGAAAAACCAGCACUAGAGCACCGGAAUAGCAGCCGCUCGAUUGAUUUUCCACCGCGCGUCGCACAGAUGGUCGCAUGCCUGCGGCACAGGGAAGCCCCGUCCCAACCCGGUGGCACUCACGCUGCAACCUCCUGUCCCGAGUAGGUGCGGCACGACGCCUUGCGCUCGAUCUUGAGCCUCUCCAUCGCGUCGGUGAACGCUCCGCACCUGCUGGCCACGGGACUGGCGCCGUCACCGGGGACACGUCCGGGCUGAACUGGGCCCUCGCGACACUUAGCAACAUCGUGGCCGCCUGUCC